CUGGGACCGGGUGCUUCAAACCGGUUCCAAGUCUGCGUAGCCGGCUCCUGAGCAAGCCCGGCUCCCGGCGCGGGACGCUGCGGGGACGCGGCCCCGGGCGGAGGCUGGAGGCUGCGGCGGGCGGCCGCGCCGUGCCGCUCGGGAAUCCUAGAAGUCCUACGUGAACUAUUCCCCCAGCUCUCUCAAUUCUUUCCGAGUGUCUCCUAAAGUUUCCCAGGAUGGCCUUGGACUCACAGGCCUCCUGCCUCAGCCUGGGUGUAGAGGAGGCUACCAACUCCUGCAAGAAGGGGUUUUCAAGAGAAAGAUUGGAGGAAGCUGGUGGCAGGGUAAUGAUAUUGAAACCACUGUUUACACCAGGAACCAUUCCAAGUGCCUGAAGUGUGCCCCAGGAGCCUAGGUGGCAGACAGCUUACAGGUAUUGAAGCCACUUGGUCCGCCUCCGAUGAUGGCGCCCCCACUGGAAGGAAGCAGUGAUGCUCUGUGGCCUGAUUUCCCCCAGGGGCCCCUCAGUGCCUGCCGAGCAAGAGCCUCCUUCAGCUAUAAGGAGCUGCAAUUGUUCUUGGAAGGCGAGGAUAUACUCCGCUUCAAGAAAACCAUAUACUCAGCUUUGGAGAGAGACCCGCUCUUUGCCCAUUCAUCAUCUGAAGCAGACCUAUCACUGGAAAAAUACCGGGAGCUAACCUUCCUUCGGUGCAAGCGAAUCUUUGAGCAUGGCUUCUUCAGCAUAAAGGACAUGUGGCAGAAUCCCCUGAGGGUCCUAGCAUUGAUUCACUGCUUGGGCAUGUAUGACUGGUCCCUUUCCACAAAAUGUCUCCUCCACCUAUUGGUUUUUGCAUCAUCAGUUUUCAGCUCUGGUUCUGAGCGACAUCUCAAAUACAUUGAGAAGAUCUAUAAUAUGGAGAUGUUUGGCUGUUUUGCUCUUACCGAACUGAGUCAUGGGAGUAACACCAAGGCCAUGCGAACUACUGCUCACUAUGACCCCGCCACUGAGGAAUUCAUCAUACAUUCCCCGGAUUUUGAAGCUGCCAAAUGUUGGGUUGGCAACAUGGGCAAGACAGCAACUCAUGCAGUGGUGUUUGCCCAGUUGUACACGCCAGGUGGUCAGUGCCAUGGGCUGCAUCCCUUUCUGGUGCAGAUUCGGGACCUGAAGACCCUGCUUCCCAUGCCAGGGGUCAUGGUCGGUGACAUGGGGAAGAAGCUGGGGCAGAAUGGCCUGGACAACGGGUUUGCCCUGUUUCACCAGGUUAGGAUUCCUCGCCAGAACCUUCUUAACCGGACUGGGGACGUUACCCCUGAGGGCACCUACAUCACCCCCUUUAAGGAUGUCCGGCAGCGUUUAGGAGCAUCACUGGGGAGCCUGUCCAUGGGCCGCAUCUGCAUCAUUGGCAUUUCUGCCGUCAACUUGAAGCUAGCCGUGUCCAUAGCGCUUCGAUUCUCGGCCGCUCGCUGUCAGUUUGGACCCACGGAUGAUGAGGAGAUCCCUGUCCUGGAGUACCCCCUACAGCAAUGGCGCCUGCUUCCCUACUUGGCAGCUACCUACGCCUUAGACCAUUUCUCCAAGUUACUCUUCAUGGACGUGAUAGGGCUGCAGCAUGACCUGCUGAAGGGAGACCGCAGUGCCAGGCAGGCAGAGCUCGGACGAGAGAUCCAUGCCCUGGCAUCAGCCGGCAAGCCCCUGGCCUCAUGGAUAGCCCAACAGGGAAUCCAGGAGUGCCGGGAGGCAUGUGGAGGACACGGCUAUCUGGCCAUCAUUUUCCAUCAGAGGAGGAGAAGCCAUGAAGCAGAGCUCAAAGCAUGCCUAAUGAAGUGCACACAGGCACUGGGCUGCUUAACUGGCAGGAGAGUGAAUCGGCUAGGUGAACUCAGAAAUGACAAUGAUCCGAAUUGCACAUAUGAAGGUGACAACAACGUCCUGCUUCAGCAGACGAGCAACUAUCUACUGGGCCUCUUGGAGCGUCGGCUCCAAGAAGGAGCUCGCUUCUCAAGCCCUCUGAAGACCGUGGACUUUCUGGAGGCCUAUCCGGCAGUGCUGAGCGAGAAGUUCAUGGGCUCCAGUGUGCCCAACUGGUUGGACCCAGCAGCCCCCCUGGCGGCUUACAAGUGGCUGGUUUGCUAUUUGCUUCGAGAGAGUCAUCAGAGAUUCAGUCAAGAGAAAAGAUCUGGAGGCAGCGACUUUGAAGCAAGAAACAACAGCCAGGUGUACUGUUGCCGGUCCCUGGCCCUGGCCUUCGUGGAGCUCUCUGUGGUGCAGAGGUUUCAGGAACACACACAUGGUCCUGGUGUGCCUCCGUCUCUGCGGGCUGUGCUGGGGCGGCUCAGCGCACUCUAUGCCCUGUGGUCCCUCAACCAGCACACAGCCCUGCUCUACCGAGGUGGCUAUAUUUCUGGUGAGCAGGCUGGAAGAGAGAUGGAGAAGGCCAUCCUGGCCUUGUGUGCACAGCUGAAAGAUGAUGCAGUGGCCCUGGUGGACGUGAUUGCCCCUCCUGACUUCAUUCUGGAUUCCCCAAUUGGCAGAGCAGAUGGCGAGCUCUAUAAAAACCUGUGGACUGCCAUCUUGCAGCAAAGCGGGGUGCUGGAGCGCGCAGCCUGGUGGCAGGAGUUCACUGCGAACAAACCCACGGUGAGCAAGCUGUAGCCCCAGCUGCAGAUGCGGUGGCAGAAGCACGCGCAUGAGCAGCCAACCCAACAGACGAGACUUCAAGCCACGCACACCACACCUUAUCCCCGGGUUCUGCCACACCCAUGCAGGGUCAGCCUGCGGCUGUGAUUGGUUGUGUGUCUGCUAAAGGAGCUUAUACUACCAUGUCUUCCUGGGGGACCUGGGCUUUUGAUCAUUGUGAUUUUAUGAUUUUAUGCACUUUUUCUCUGGGCACAGGCAGGAGUGUGGUGGUGAACAGUGCUCACAAUGAAGAGGUGAUCUUUUGAAUCCAUCUGAGAUUUCUUAUAGAACUCUGCUUCACUAACUAAUAAAUGCCAGUCUGAUUCUUUAUUCUACUGGGCCUUGAUCAUGCUGCUGUUUAUAUAACCUUACUAGUACUGCAGACCAUCAGAAUGAUUCAAUUUAAGGGUUCUCUAAGAGAAAAUGUCAUUCGUUUCUUUGGUGAAACUGAAAGUUUCCACAGAGAAGGAAAUGCCUUGUGACAGGGACACCUGGACAAUGACCCCCUUUCCCCUCCUGCUAUGUCAGUGACUGUGUAUGCAGUGAGAUUAAUCCUUUUAGACCUAGAACAAGUGAAAUGCCCAUGCUGUUGUUCUCCCCCCCAACCAAGUGUCCAUGGCAGCCAGAGUCUAAAGGUGCCAUGUGCUUCUGAAGGGCGCCUGCUCCAUGGUGCCCAUCCCUUCUUGCUUUCAAGAGGAUGGUAUGUAUUCGUGAUCUUUAGCUUUUCUAGUGAGUCAUUUAUGGGCUCCAGGUGCCCAAGAGGCACAUUCAAGAGCCUUCCUGGGUCAGUCAUCCUGUAGGUUUCCCAGCCCAAGAUCAUGGGUGGACUUGGGGUCCUGCCAGUUUAGGUCCCUCAGAUUUCCACCAGGUAGCCUUUGUGGGUGUGCCAUGGAUGAGCUCCGCCACCAGGGUUCAUGGCUUUUUCCAACAAUGAUGUGUUGCUCCCAGGUCCUCCUGGAAGUGCUAGGUGUCUGGUCAGAGUUGGAAUUUCCACCCUCUCACAUGCCUUUCAAUCGCUCCUCAGCCCACCUUCGCCAAGUGACCAGCCUUUAGUAUUUUGUCUUAUCUUCUUCUCAGGAGACUACAGCUGGAAAUUGACCAGCAGGUCAUGGUGGUGUCCACUCAGGGUAAUGUCACACCUAGAAAACAAUUUAGUGUGGCUUUCAGGGCAGAUCGUCUGUGUACUCAGUCCUGCUCCCAUGCCACGCCCUCACCCCUCAGUCCCGAGGAUGAGGCUGGGCUGGUGGUAAGUAAAGCAGGUUGAAGUGCAAAAGCCACACUAACUGAGAUGACUUUGUAAGAAAAUGUCACUUAAAAGGAAAGCAUUUGUAAACAGCAGUAAAACCUUGAGUAAUUGCAAUAAAAUGCUUAAGAUGAA